AUUAAAGAUGUGGAAAUGUACAGAACUCAAACCUUCUGUUAACCUAAUAAAAUCAAUAUUAAGUUCUAUUAUGAGAUCAAAACACAAUUGGUUAAUUUACUUGCCCAAGAAGAAUAUUUCACAUUGUCCUGAAACCUACAGAACACUAUUACCAUUGCGACAUAGUAAUAUACAUAGUGAACAAUACCAUUCUUCUAAUAAGUUUGAAAAUGUUAAAAUGUUUUCUACAACAAUUGUAUUAGCCAAAAGUAAAGAUCGUGGAAAAGAUAAGAAGAAAACUACACAUAAAAAGAAUAUAGAUAUCCAGGAAAUGAAAGAAGUGAUAAAUGUUGAAAAAUUAACAUUGCAACUUGAAAAAACAAUGGAUAAAUUAAAGGAUAAUUAUAUAAAAUAUGUAUCAGUAAGAUCUGCUGCUGGAGCGAUUGAAGAAUUACCAAUUACUCUUGAUGGAACACGAUAUUUACUUCAAGAACUUGUGCAAAUUACUAGAACAUCUAAAUUGGUUACAUUGAAUGCAAGUGCAUUUUCUCAAUAUAUUCCAAAUAUUAUUCAAGUUCUUUCUAAAAAUCAAAUGAAUUUGAAUCCACAGCAGGAUGGUACCGUUAUAUAUAUACCUAUUCCAAAAGUGACAAAAGAAUAUAGAGAGAAUUUGUCGAAGAGUGCAAAGUCUUUUUUUAUUAAAUGUCGAGAUGAUAUCAAGGACAUACGCACUCAGUAUAUAAGAAAAGUUAAGAAUAUAGAUAAAUUGCCACAAGAUGCAAGCUUACGAGUUCAAGGGUAUAUAGAAGUUUUUACAAAUCAAUAUAUUGAAAAAGCUGAAAAAAUUCUAGAAACAAAACAAAAAGAAUUAAUGGGUGAUUAAAAGUAACUAAUAGAGUUACAUCAAUAAUAAAGUUAGGUACAUGUUUAUCAUUUCUUAUUUAUUGUGUUUCUAAUGGGAUUAUAUAUAAAUGUUAUAGUUAAAUUGAAACUCUCUUUAUAAAAUAAAAUACUCUUGUA